UUAAGUCUAUGUCGCUAGUAUAUCGGAAUAUUUGUAACGGUGUCGGUAUUUCAGACUAAUAGACAGAAAAUUAUAUUGCAUGGGCUGUCUAUACUGAUUUUAAAUCUUUGGUAAAUGAGAACAUGUCAUCGAAAAUGUCACAGAUGUCAUGAUGUGAUAAUUUUUCUAUGAUUCCCAUCUGUGUACAUUAAAAUGUUUUGGCGUAGAUGUGCAGUUAUGUAUCUAAGCACGGUAGACGCGGUAGAAUAAUGGUAAAUGUAAAGUAGAGAGAUGCGUUAAACGUAGGAUUUCAUAAAUUAUAUUAUCAUGGAAGAUAUCAAUGAUAAGUUUUUCUACGUGUACAGUUCAUCUUUAGACACGAAGAUACAAAUUAAAAUGUAAGAUUCAACUAGGAACUUUAGAGGGUAAAAGACAACAGCCAGAAUAUGACAAAUUACUUAUAGACCCUAUGUUAAAAUAUUCUGGUCUAUAUGGUAUUAAUGGUGAACGAGGGGACUUAGCUGCUUCUUUGCAGGUGUGGGCUGGUGGAAGACCUCUUGCUUUACCUGUUCACACAGCUUAUAAACAUUUUACUUCACGUUGGAAUUGGAACCAAUGGGUGACACUUCAUAUUUCUUACUCUGACUUACCACGAGACGCUCAGUUAUGUAUAAGCCUGUAUGAUUGUGCUGGACCUGGCAGGCAACUACCAGUGGGUGGUACUACAAUAUCUUUAUUUGGAAAGCAUGGAGUAUUUCGUCAGGGAAUGUUAGAUCUCAGAGUGUGGCCUGGAGUGGAAGCAGAUGGUAGUGUACCCACUAGUACCCCAGGAAAGACCAGGGAUCAUGGAAAAGAACAAAUGCAACGAUUAGCAAAGCUUGUAAAAAAACAUAGAAAUGGGCAAAUGAAUAAAGUUGAUUGGUUGGACAGAUUAACAUUCAGAGAAAUUGAAUUAAUCAAUGAAAGAGAGAAGAGAGCAUCUGAGUAUUUGUAUUUAAUGAUUGAGUUUCCAGAAGCUAUUAUGGAUGGUAUACCUUACUCUAUAGUAUACUAUGAAAAGGAUGGAGACGAAGUUGUACAACAUAGAUCACAACCAGACGUUGUAACUCUUCCUGAUUAUGAGAUUUUACAGGAAAAUCUUGUGGAGGCCAAACAUCAUAAAUUAGCACGAAGUUUACGUAGCGGAGGUCAUACUAGAGAACUAAAACCAACUUCAAGUGUACGCGAUGCUUUGAACAUAAUAUUAAGUUAUCCUCCAACAACAGCUCUGUCUACAGAAGAACAAGAUUUAAUUUGGAAAUAUAGGUUUUACUUAUCCAGCCAAAACAAAGCUUUAACGAAGUUUGUUAAAUGUGUCAAUUGGAAAGUCGCUGGUGAAGAACGACAAGCUUUAGAAAUGUUAGCAUUGUGGGCUCCACCAGAUCCAGAAGAUGCGCUCGAACUACUUGGGCCAGCAUUUACACAUCCAGCUGUCAGAAGAUACGCUAUAGCUCGAUUGAAUCAAGCACCUGACGAUGACUUAAUGUUAUAUUUAUUACAGUUAGUACAAGCUUUGAAAUAUGAAGAUUUCGAAAGUAUUAAAAGAGCUCAUCAACUUUUAAUGAAAGAAAAAGAAUCUGAAAAAGUUGAAAAAGUGGAUAGGGAUGUACAAAUUAACGAUUCUUCUUCUACGCCUAUAAUAAAUUCCAGUGAAUCAGAGAGUGGAAAAUUUUCAACAAAUCAAGAUUCUCUUAUGGACUUAGCAUCUUUCCUCAUUACUCGUGCAUGUCAGAACACUACAUUGGCAAAUUACUUUUAUUGGUAUCUUUCAAUCGAGUGUGAAGAUCAAAAUGACCCAGCUAUAAGUGCGAAACAAGACACACGUGUUAAAGAAAUGUAUAUUACUGUAAUGGCCAUGUUUUCGACAAUGUUAGCUCAAGGAAAUGCUAUUUGGCAAAAGAGAAGAGCGUUUCUUUUACGUCAAAAAAUAUUCAUCGACCAAUUAGUGGCACUUGUGAAAGCAGUUGCAAGGGAAAGUGGAAAUCGUAAAAAGAAGACUGAUAGGCUCAGAACAUUACUGGCUGAUCCAGAUCCAGCAUUCAAAAUCAAUUUUUCAAAUUUUGAACCAAUACCUUUUCCCUUAGAUCCAGAAAUUUGUAUUAAAGGCAUUAUUCCCGAAAAAGCAAGUCUAUUUAAGUCAGCACUUAUGCCAUCAAAAUUAACUUUUUUGACAACAGACAAUAGCGAAUACAUAGCGAUUUUUAAACAUGGUGAUGAUCUAAGGCAAGAUCAAUUAAUUUUACAAACAAUAGCACUUAUGGAUAAGUUAUUAAGAAGAGAAAACUUAGAUUUAAAACUUACUCCAUACAGAGUACUUGCAACAAGUACUAGACAUGGGUUUUUACAAUUUAUUGAGUCUACAACAGUUGCAGAGGUGUUAGCUAGUGAAGGUUCUAUAUUAAGCUUUUUUCGAAAACAUCAUCCUUCUGAAACUGGUCCUUAUGGUGUUGUACCUGAAGUCAUGGAUACUUACGUGAGAAGUUGUGCUGGUUAUUGUAUUAUUACUUAUGUACUUGGUGUUGGAGAUCGACACUUAGAUAAUUUACUUUUGACAACUUCAGGAAAACUCUUCCAUAUAGAUUUUGGUUACAUUUUGGGUAGAGAUCCAAAACCUUUACCACCACCAAUGAAAUUAAGUAAAGAAAUGGUUGAAGCUAUGGGAGGUGUAGGAUCAGAACAUUAUCAUGAAUUUCGAAAACAGUGUUAUACCGCAUUCUUGCACUUGCGCAGACACGCGAAUUUGAUAUUGAAUCUAUUUUCAUUAAUGGUUGACGCUAGCGUGCCAGAUAUAGCGUUAGAGCCAGAUAAAGCUGUGAAAAAAGUUCAAGAUAAAUUGCGUUUGGAUUUGAGCGACGAAGAAGCAGUGCAUUAUGUACACAAUCUUUUGGACUUAUCGGUAACAGCUGUAAUGGCAGCGUUAGUAGAACAAUUACACAAGUUUGCACAGUACUGGCGGAAAUAAAUUUAAAUCAAUUGAAAUUAUGAUCACAAAGACUGUGUUCCUUUCUAUUACAAAUAUAAUAUAUUGUAUAUAAAUGACCAUAUGUCUAUAAAAUCUAAUAUAAUUUAUUGUAUUUUGGAAUUAUUUUAGGUAAUAAAUCUUUGAUAAUAACAAAUAAUCGGAUCAUAGUUCUUACACGUUUGUAAAUUGCGUAUAAAAUAUUUUUUAAAAAUUAAU